AUGGCGGCAUUUCACAGAGAAGUGGCGAAGUACUUCGCCAAAUACGCCGCCUCGACUCCAGGCAGCACCAGCACGAGCCUCAUGGCAUUUACUCCGGCAGCACCGGCUCCUUCUCGCUUUAGGACCGCCUUGGGAGAAGUUUUCUCUCCCAUUUGGUUUAGAUUCUUCAGAGGACCGCUCGACAGGUGGAACCAGGCCGCCAUCGGCAAGUACUUACGAGAACAAGGGCUCAUGUACGACGACUUGUACUCUGACAAGGAACCCGUGAUUGAGAGGGCUUUGGAGCUCUUACCCGAAGAUAUUGCCACUGCAAGGUACAGGAGAAUCAUGCGAGCCACUCAUCUGAACCAUAUCCGGCUGUACCUCCCACCGCACGAACAGAACUAUGAUCCCUUCAUUCCCUACUUAGCGCCGUAUGUCGAGGAAGCCAAGUUUCAGCUGCAGGAAGAAGAAGAGCUCCUUGGUUACCAUAUGUGGGAUAGACGGCUCUACUCCGGCGGCUGCACUGGCUUCGGCGACUUUGAGCCAGGGAUGCACUUUUUGGUGUCGUUUCCAAACAUGUACGGCGGGGGCAGCGGGCCUCACAACAAGGCACACCUUUCUUCUCUAGCGAGAAAUCAACCACUUAAAGGUUUAAUGGCGUGCCUGCCUUCUUUCCACGCAUGCGAUUCUUCGCCGCCGGCCACUGCAAUGAGAUUCCCUCCUGCAGCUAGCAUUUUUUCCAAAGGUCGUUCUUCUCCCCGCUUUGAGGAGAGACGAAGAAGACAGAGUGGGCCCGCCCAGCCGGCCCGAGCUGCGUCAGGAGGAUGCAAGUCCGAGGUUUUUGCACACGGGGCAGUACUCUGGUGUGUAUUCACUCAGCAGCUAAUACCCUGUCUACACGAUCCAACACCAACGCGUUCUUAA